CUGUGGUGUUAUCCUCACAAUGUGUAAAAAGAAAUUCUGUAACUUAAAAAAGCUACAGUAUUUUUUUUCUGUUUAUACUUUUAAGUAAAUGUUUUAAUUCACUGCAGCAACAGGAGAUCUGCUGUACUACUGAAUGUAAAUAAGCUCUUCCAUGCUUGUCAUCUUACACUGAUAGUAUCAUAAGACAAGUAAUGACAGAUUAAGACCUGCCUAGCAGAGGGAAAACUAAAUUACAAGACUUUUAUUAAGGCAUAAAUAAACCUAUUAACUGUUAUCUGGAAUACCAAUUAGUGGAAGGAGCGCUGACAAUUUUAUUUAUCAACAUUAAACACAAUUAUUAAUUACAGACCUGACGAAUCCAGCAGUAAGCAGGACAUGUUGGGUGUGCUGGGGCCUUAAGUCCAUUAUAUGAGAAGGAUGAUUACCAAAAUCCUGUGGGGAAAUAAGUAAUUGUAGCUGUAAAAUUUUAAUUGCCUUGGAAUAAGGUAAAUUAUAUUCUCUUGUCUCAGAAUAUAAAUAGUAUGGCAUUAAGGUACCAAGCCUCACUAAUUUUGAACAGCAAAUGAUUUAGACAUCUAUAGAGGGAAGGGAAGAAGAGCCAGGAAACCCUCAGAAAUUUGCAUUGUAAAUAUUGCAAUAAAGUAAUUUACCAUGUGCUAUCACAUCUGACAUCUUGACCUGGCUUGCAUGUACUUGUAUCCAUCUUACAUGUUUUAUGAAUUACAAAAUUCGGACAUCAAAGAAAGACUUGACAAAGCAUAGCAUUGGAGGAGAAUAUAAAAACAACUAAAAAAUUACUCUUUGACAAACAAAUCCUAUUCUAACGAUCUUAUCCUACUCUUCUACCCAAAGAUUGAUAGGAGUAGAGUAUUCAUUGCUAAAUACAGAAUUUGUCUGAAAGCCUUUCUGAGAUAUUUCCUGUGAGCUCAGUCUUCUACUUCUUAAUGGAAAUUUCCUACUGAAUAUUUUAAAGAUGCUAUUUAUUGUUGUUGCUUUUUACCACUGAAGAAAGCCCCAAAACUAAUAAACUUCGUGAUGUUUCUUUGUUGUUGUUGUUUCUUAAAGAUCCAAAGGCCCGGCUUUCUGAAAAUGUACUUGUAAAUGCAGCCAGGAACUCCUUUUCAAAACUUAUGAACAAGCUGAAUGUAAUAAUGGAGACUGGAACAGACAGCAGGAGCAUUACUUACCUGGAGAAAAACUCCUUGGUACAGAGAUUGGCUCAUGGACUUCAUAAAAUAAAUACCCAGGCCCUGGAAGCUGGAUUAUGUGACAGACUACCUGUUACGAAAAGUAUAGCAUCUUUGCAAAAGAAGAUAUUUGAAUUUACACAAAGACUUCAUACAACGGAGGUGGAACGCCAUUCACUGCGCCUAAAACUUGCUGAAUUUAAAUGGAAUUUCAGUGAGAUGAAAAAAGAAGCUGGAAAAGCCCAGAGCCUCCAAAAGCAAUUAAAUAUGUUUAAGCAAUCUAAAUUGAUCACCCAUGAGAGGUUUGAAGGUGUGUGUGAAGAAUUAAAUAACGCAUUACAUCGGGAGCAUCAGGCACAAGUGCUUUUGAAUGAACAGGCGCAACAGCUACAGGAGUUAAAUAAGAAACUAUUAUUGCACUCCAGUGAAGAAGCAAACAAAAACCAAGUCUUAAGUGAAACUGUAAAGAGACUCUCCGAGGCAAAGAUGGAGCUGAGAAGAAAAGAUCAAUCUCUGCGUCAGCUCAAUAGACUUCUUACCCAGCUGGAGCAGGACAAGCGUCGACUGAAAGAGAGCAUCCAUGAUGCAGAGAGUGCCCUCUGCAUGGCAGUAAAAGACAAACAAUUGAUAAUUAGUCACAUGAUAUCUGUGGAAGCCACUCUUCAUAAGGUCAGAGAUCAGACCUUGCUGUCACGGACUGCGGCAACCAGGAAUGACUUCACCCUGCAGCUACCCAAACUGCACCCAGAGACCUUUGCAGUGGAAGGGCUGAAGGGCAUGCCAGAGGUUAUGGCAUUUCAGGCCAUGGUUAAAAGUUUUAUGGAUGUCUACGAGCUUGCAAGUUCCAGAAUUGACAUGCUGCUGAGAGAAGCAGCAUCUCAUAAGCUUCCCCCUGCAGCCCCAAAGUCCAAGAGCCAAACAGUUUGUCUUCAUGAAAAUCAGAACCUGCAAUUGGAGCCAAGAGGGAGUUCAAACAUCACCAUGGCUUCAAGCUAGGAAUUCAGCCUGACCAGAGCUGUAUCCCAGAUAUUUUGGCAUUGCAAGCUGAACCUGACACAUGCUACAGUUUUAUGCACAAUAGAGCCAGUUUUCAGUCUUCAGUCUAUUCCUUCAGCCUGAGUGUCACAUCCAGUCCCAAAAGAACAAUGGAAAAUGGAUUUUCAGAUUCUUUGUAUCAAUAAUCUUUUAGAAGGAAAAAAUUGCAUUAAUGUAAAAUGAUGCAAUUAAAGUGCAAUUUUGUUGCUACCCUUGA